AUGGAAACAAAUGGUAUUCAACAGGCGUUCGUGAGUGGGCCCACAGAGCCACCGAUAUAUCGAGAAACCUUCGCGCAAUGGAUCGAUAAGCAAGCAGCUACCUACGGCAAGAAGCCUGCAAUACUGUCAACAUGGCAGGGAAUAAACCUCUCUUACGGUGAACUUGCGGAACGAAGUAAGCAUGUGGCAAAAGCUUUAUUGGGGAUGGGCUUUGCACACGGCGACUUUGUCGGCAUCAUGGCUGGCAAUUCGUGCCAACAUAUCGAAGUGCUUAUGGGAGGGGCACGCAUCGGAUGUCCUGUUGUGUCCCUACAUAGCACAUACACCCCAGAUGAGCUGAAAAGGGCCGCCCACAAAACCUCAUGCAAACUUCUGUUCAUCGCAUCUCGUAUCGGUCGUCGAGACCUCUCUGCUCAUGUGGAAAUGAUGAAGAAUGCUGUAUCUUCAGGCGCACUCCCAGAGCUACAUGGGGUUCUUACGAUUGGGCAGAACGACUAUGAUGGAUAUGCUGACGGCCUACAUACGUAUGAGGCCCUCUUCGCGGACUACAAAGAAGGUGUAGUGCACCCUGAAGUCGAUGGAACAUUUUUGCUCCAAUUGGCAGAGAAAGCUCUCUGGUCAGCUCUUUCAUACCCCCCUCAAGUCUACCCAGUUAACCAGUCCAUAGGUACCACCGGGACUCCAAAAGCAGGAAUGUUAACAGCUACAAACCUCAUCGGAAGUGCCUCUACAGUGGCCGAUCAGUUAAACCUGACCCCGAAGGAUAUCCUCUGCUCUCCUACUCCAAUAUUUCAUGGCUUUGGUCUUAUAGUAGGGAUUUUUGCACCCUUACUGCAUGGUAGCCCGGCUGUUCUCCCUUCGGAUCACUUCGAUGCACAUGCAGUCCUCGAGGCUAUACAGAGGCAGGCUCCUACUGUCUUGAUUGGUGUACCCACCAUGUUUCUGGCAGAAUUAGAGGCUAUGGCAAAGGGACAAAUCGACAGUUCCCUGCGGGCGGCUGUGGUGGGUGGCUCUGCUAUCACGCCCGCAUUAACAACGAACAUCCGUGCAAUAAUGAAGACAAAGGAGGUUUUUGUCAUAUAUGGGAUGAUGGAAACAGGUGUUACAUUUAUGGGCUCCGUCAACGGGUUAGAGGGAUCAACAGGUAUGGUAGGGUGUGUGAUGCCGCAUGUCUGCGCCAAAAUCCUGAAUGAAAGCGGCCAGAUUGCUCGCCCCAUGGAAAAGGGGGAGCUUUAUAUAAGUGGAUUCACACUGCAAAAGGGAUAUUUUGGAGAGGAAGAGAAGACAUUGGAGGUGAUGACACAGGAUAAAGAUGGGAAGAUCUGGAUGCGGACGGGGGACGAAGCCAUCAUAGAUGCGAGUGGGUGUUGUCAUAUCACCGGGAGGAUUAAGGAUAUUAUUGUCAGAGGUGGGGAAAAUAUUUCCCCCUUAGAAGUUGAGGGUCGGCUCGCCUCACAUCCAACCAUCAGUGAAGCAAGUGUGUUAGGUUUACCUGACGCAAAGUAUGGGGAAGUUGUAGGAUGCUUUCUGAAAGGUACAUCUAAUGCUGAGAGGCCAUCGGACGAGGAGGUACAGAGCUGGGUGAGAGAAACCUUAGCAUGGCACAAAGCACCAGUGCACAUAUUUUGGAUCGGAGAACCUGGCGUUGCCGACGACUUCCCCAGGACAGGAAGUGGGAAGCACCAGAAGCAUACCAUGAAGGGAAUUGGGGAAAGGCUCAUUGCCGUGAAGAAUAGACAGUUGUAUGACUCUCCAUUGAUGGGUGAAAGGUGGGUAUAG